UGUUUUUAUACGCACCUACCGCACCGUCCUGAUAAUUAUUUUCUUCCAACUUAAAUCGACGAAUAGGAGGCGACUCGACUGGAGCAUCAAAACAACACACAACCAACGCAAUGAAUCUGACGGAGCAAAAUCCGUACGGCAAUGGGAUGCUUUACGCAGCCUUCAAUCAGGACCAAGGAUGUUUUGCCUGUGCCACGGACACGGGCUUUCGUGUCUACAACUGUGACCCGCUGAAAGAAAAGGAAAGGCAAUAUUUUCCCGAGGGCGGUCUCAGCCAUGUGGAAAUGCUCUUUCGCUGCAAUUAUCUGGCCUUAGUGGGCGGCGGCAUACGGCCGCUCUAUCCACCAAAUAAAGUGAUCGUUUGGGAUGAUUUGAAGAAAUCACCGGCCAUAUCGUUGGACUUCAAUCAGCCGGUUCGUGCGGUGCGACUGCGUCGGGAUCGGAUUGUGGUGGUGCUGGAGGGUGUGAUCAAGGUAUUCACCUUCACCCAGCAGCCGCAACAGUUGCAUGUCUUCGAAACGAGCGCCAAUCCCAAUGGGCUAUGCGUGCUCUGUCCCCAUAGCAAUAAAAGCCUACUCGCAUUCCCCGGCCGACGCACUGGCCAUGUCCAGAUCGUGGAUCUUGCCAACACGGAGCGGGCCCCCCUGGAGGUGAUUGCCCACGAGGCGGCCAUCAGCUGCAUUGCCCUCAAUCUACAGGGCACACGUCUGGCCACCGCCGGUGAGAAGGGCACCCUCAUACGCAUCUUCGAUACGGAGAACGGGAAGAAGGUCUCGGAGCUGCGACGUGGCAGCAAUCAUGCAAAUAUAUUUUGCAUCAACUUUAAUCACCAGUCCACCAUGGUUGUCGUCGCCUCUGACCAUGGCACCAUACAUGUCUUCAAUCUGGAGGAUAACAAGCCGCGCGAAUCCUCGCUUCCCAUAAUACCCAAGUAUUUCUCAAGUCAAUGGAGUUUCGUGAAGUUCUCCAUACCACAGGGACCGCGGUGUGUAUGUGCCUUUGGUGCCGAUCCAAAUUCGGUUGUGGCCAUUUGUGCGGAUGGACACUACUAUAAAUUCCUAUUCAACAACAAGGGCGAGUGCAGUCGCGACAUUUGUACACAAUUCCUUGAGCUGCAGGAUGAUGAGACAUAGGAGGGUCCUAAUCUCAAGGAGCUGCAUCUAUCUAUAUAAAUCUAUAUAUAAAAGAUAUAUAUCUCUCUCUAUGGAAAUGUGUUAAACAAUAUUACUUUUAAGCAUGCUUUAAAUUACGUUAAAAAGUCCUCGAGUUCACAUAAAAAAGAGUAGUUACAAAUUGA